AUGGCGGCCAUGGCGAACACCUAUCGGCUCCCCACCCCCUGCGGCCUCCCAACCGUCAGCAUCAGCGCUAAGAGCAGGAGGCUAGCUAUGGCCGCCGUCAGAUGCGGUCCCGGCGGCAGCAGGAGCCACCGGAGGAACCUUGGGGUCUUCCUGUGUCGAUCCUCGUCCACGGCCGGAGCCCAAGGGAGCACGAGGAUGGAGGACUAUAACACCGCCAUGAAGCGGAUGAUGCGUAACCCCUACGAAUACCACCACGAUCUCGGUAUGAACUAUGCUGUCUUAAGUGAGAGCUUGAUUGUUGGCUCACAGCCUCAGAAGCCUAAAGAUAUCGAUCACUUGAAAGAUGAAGAGCGAGUAGCAUAUAUUCUUUGUUUACAGCAGGACAAGGACAUCGAAUUUUGGGGCAUUGAUUUCCAAUCCAUUUUCAAUAGGUGCACAGAACUUGGCAUUCAGCACAUCAGAAGACCGGCAGUGGAUUUUGAUCCAGAUUCAUUGAGGUCACAAUUACCAAAAGCAGUUUCGGCACUAGAAUGGGCUAUAUCGCAACGCAAAGGGCGAGUUUAUGUCCACUGCACUGCUGGACUUGGGAGAGCACCUGCGGUUGCAAUUGCUUACAUGUUUUGGUUUGAGAACAUGGAUCUUAAUACAGCUUAUAAGAAGCUAACCUCCAUAAGGCCCUGUGGACCCAAUAAGAGAGCUAUCCGUGCUGCAACCUAUGAUCUAGCUAAGAAUGAUCCGUCGAAAGAGCCUUUUGAGAAUCUUCCAGAGCAUGCUUUCAAGGGCAUUGCGGGCUGGGAGAGGAAGUUAAUUCAGGACCGGGUGCGUGCUCUUCGCGAAGCAUGA